GUCACUUCCCCUACACACACUCACAAACACUUCUCAUGAGAGCUGCUUCAUUUGUCUUGGCCAGCUAGAGCCUUUUUUUAUUACUAGAAACCAUAAAGGCUUGCCACCCUGGACGUCUGAUGAUGUUUGACAGCUCGCAAUAUCCUUAUAACUGUUUUAACUAUGAUGGAGAAGGAUACCCCUCAUGUGCCACUGAUGAAGAAAAGAAAGUGUGUCGACCAGCUUACAGUUACAUUGCACUAAUAGCAAUGGCUAUACAGCAGAGCCCAGAGAACAAAGUUACCCUAUCAGGAAUCUACGAGUUCAUCAUGAAGAGAUUUCCUUAUUACAGAUCCAACCAGAGGGCAUGGCAAAACUCAAUUCGUCAUAACCUUUCUCUAAACAGCUGCUUUAUAAAGGUGCCCCGUACGGAAGGUAACGAGAAAGGAAAAGGUAAUUACUGGACAUUCGCCACAGGCUGCGAGUCCAUGCUGGACCUCUUUGAAAAUGGCAACUUCCGUCGCCGCCGCCGCAGACGCAACUUAAAAAUGGGCCUGAAGGAGCCAGCCGAACCCUUUGCUGCCAUGGACACUCAUCAGGGCAUUGCAGUAAGACCCACGGAUUCAGAUUCUUUCUGCCCCGUGAACACUAGUCACAGACCUGCCCAAAACAACCCGCCUCUCAGCAAACCUGAGCCCGAGAUCAAAUUCAGCAUUGACUACAUUCUCUCCACGCCGGACCCUCUGCCAGGGUUCAGAGCCCCUAACAGUGCAGCUGGAGCUGUGAUCCACCACCUGGAGCCACAACACCUCAAUCUACACUUCUGGACCAUGUAACCAAAACCACAGGACACAGAUCAGUAAAUACCCUGAUGUUAAAACAGUCAAAAAAACCUUAAAGCUUCUAGCGCGCAAACAGUCUUUCCCAUAAUGAAAUCGGCUUGUCAGUAGGCACAUGCAGUUUGUUGUGUGCUAGUGCUCCCGUGAGUAAUAUGCUGCCGCUCAUGUUAGCAAAGCUGUACACAUAGUAACUUAUAAGUAUAGUAUUAUUUAAUGAUAAUAAUAGGAGUUUCAGGAUAUAUAUUAUAGUAUAAUGCUUAUUUUGAAAACGUCCCUUUGUAUCAAACCUGUCAAACACAUGUAAGACUUUACAAUAAGUCUCCAUUUGUUAACAUUAAUUAACAUGAAUAGUGAUAAUACUUUAUUAAUCUUGGUUAAUGUUAAUUUUAACAUUUACUAAUGCACAUUUCAAAAGUUCUGUCUGUUCAUACAACAUUAAAGAAGUUCACUUCCAGAACAAAAAUUUACAGAUCAUUUACUCACCCCCCUUAUCAUCCAAGAUGUUCCUGUCUUUCUUUCUUCAGUCAGUAAGAAAUUAUGUUUCUUGAGGAAAAAAAAAAAAAUCUGGAAUUAUCUCUAUAUAAUGGACUUCAAUGGUGCCCCCAAAUUUGAACUUCCAAAAUGCAGUUUAAAUGAGCUUCAAAUGGUUUCAAGGAAGCCGAGGAACCAGCCGAGGAAGAAGGGUCUUAUCUAGCAAAAUAAUUGGUCAUUUUCUAAACUAAUUGACAAUUUAUAUACCUUUUAAUGUCAAACACUCGUCUUAAGUCUGUUUUUUUUUUCUGGUUCAAUACAGUUAGGGGAUGUUGAAAAACUCCCAUCUCGUUUUCUUCUCCAAUUUCAAAAUCGUCCUACAUCGCUGCAGAUGUACCGACCCAGUGUUUACAAAGUGAACAUGCAAAGAAGAUCAAACGCCCUUUACAAAAAAAAGGUAAAACAGUGAUGUAGGACGAUUUUGACGUUGAAGAAGAAAACGAGACGGGAGUUUUUCGACAUACCCUAACUGUAUUGCAUCGCAAAGAUGAGACAAGACGAGCAUUUAAGGUUAAAAAGUAUAUAAAUUGUUGUUUGUUUUGAAAGUGACCGAUCGUUUCGCUAGAUAUGACCUUUCUUCCUCGGCUGGAAUUGUUUAGAGCCAUUUGAAGCUGCAUUUAAACUGCAUUUUUGGGGGCACCAUUGAAGUCCACUAUAUGGAGAACAUUUCUGAAAUGUUUUAUCGACUGAAGAAAGAUAUCAACAUCUUAGAUGACAAGGGGGUGAGUAAAUUAUCUGUAAAUUUUUGUUCUGGAAGUGAACUUCUCCUUUAACUAAGAUGAAUAAACACUACAACAAAUCUAUUGCUUAGUGUUAGUAACUGUUAACUGUUAGUGACCCAAACAACUCACGUUUUCAUUUCCGCUGUUUAAAGUAAAAACCAAAAGCUGCAAAUCUCAAGCUCACCUGAGGUGUGUUGGUGUUGUAGACACGGGUUUGUAGUUAGUGAAGUGUUUGCAAACAAAUGCGCUAACAUAGCUAUGGGGUUGGUGUAAUCAGCAUUCCCUGCUUACUGCACAACUGCUGAACGACUCUUUUGUUUACAUAUGUUGUUUAUAAUGUGUAUCAUUGGCCCUUGACAGUCUGUGAUCCGUAUCAAUCACUGAUAGACUGAGCAUAUGCUCCCUCGGGGCAAAACCAGAGCUUUCCGUCUCUCUAAAGCCCACCCCGGGGUGUUUUGUGCUUUGGUCGUUUUGUCCGGGAAUCUUUGUUUAUUUGAAAGCAUCUUUAAACUUUGGUCAGUUUAUAAAGGGAAAAAUAAGAUGUGCUAUUCUCAGUCCUAACUGUUUGCGAUGUAUCAUAGCCCUUGUUUUGGUUUGGUCAUUAGUUGUUAGUCAAAAUCAAACAAGCUUAGUGACCAAGUUGUAUAUGAAACAAUAAUCAUAAUAUCUGUUAAAACCACAGGUUUUUAAGAGAAAGCAAUGCUGGGAUCUAUGAAAUAUUGUUUGACUGCCAAUAUAAGGCAAUAAAGCAGUAAUCAUUGAAAAAUAUUGCUUUAAGAGUCUUUCUUCGCCUGUCUACCACAUUUAGAAUUUGAGAAAACAUUCUCUAUAUGUUCUAAUUUUCGAAAUAUUCUAUAACAGAUUGGAUAUUCGGACAAAAGCGUGAACCUCGCUGAACAAAAUCAGGUUCUAAAUAAACUAAAGAAUGAAAACAAAAGUGCUUCCUUUUAUUUCCUAUACAUUUCCUAUAUAAAUGUAACUUACCUAUUACUUACAGCGUAUAUAAAGUAUUCCAUUACACACACACACGUCAAGAAAAUUCCUAUUAAUGAUAUAGAAAUGCUUUGGCAUAUUUGAAUAGACAUAACUGAAUAUUAGCGAACUGUCAGACAAGCGCAGUCUAACCUUCUCCAAAUCUCCCUAAUCUCUCUGGCUGACCUUUUCCAUUUAUAUAAGGUCUGACUAAAUGUGAUCCAAACACUCUAUUAGAAUACAUAUCACUCAUAAAGCUGUGAGUUUCGAGCGGAAGCCUGUUAACAUUUAUUUUCCUUCUAAGGUGUAUCAAUCAUGGCUUGCUUUGUGCUCAGGAGGGGACAUUUUUCAAUUUAACCUUUAUAUUACGGAGUGACUGCAUCAGAAAGGUUUCAACACACUUAACAUGAGUGGCAUUUAAUAUAGCAUUACACUUGCAAGGUUAGCCGGAGAUGUGACCUUAUUCAAAUCCUGCUGCCACUACAACACCUAUCCUGAUGCAAUUAUAAUUAAACGCCUUAUGCCGGCUUGCAAAUCCUCUGAUCGAUCACUGAUAUUAAGGUAAAUAUUGCACUGCCCCCAGUGAACAUCUAACUCUAAAACUGUUAUGGAUCAGCAGGUUUCUAUUAACAGCGUUGUUGAUGUUGUGCGCUCUGGUGUGGAUAUAUUUGGGUAAAUUAACUUAGCAUAAAGUGCU